GGGAAACGCAUCACGGAGAGGAUGUCAAAGUUCCAAGCCCUGCCCACUCCAGCUGACAGGCCGCGUUCUGAUUGGAGCUGGCUUCAGUCAGUCAGGCAUCCUCCUCCUCCUCAGCGGUGAUGCUGUCAGAAGGAGAGAGCUGCAUGUGGGAGCUUGUCAGAUCAGAGUCCAGGCUGCGUUUUGGGUGGUUCUGACUCUCCUCACCUUCUGUUUUUUUUUUUUUUUUUUUAAAAGAUCCGGUGUUUUCGUCUGACCCUCAAGCUGGAGGAAUGGCCCUGGUAGUCGGGCUGUAGGCCACACAGGCCCGUCUGCAUCAACAUGAGCUCGGAGGAGCACGGCUCGGCCAUGUCGCAGAAGAUCUCCUCCCUGUCACGCAGCAACAGCAGCUCCUCAUCCAAGCUGGAAAGCAGACAGGACAGCUGGGAAAUAGUGGAAGGCCUGCGUGGCGGCUUCAGCAACGUCCAGGAGCCCCAGAAACAGGAGGGCUACAUGCUGAAGAGGAGGAAGUGGCCUAUGAAGGGUUGGCACAAGAGGUACUUUGUCCUCGAUAAGGGCAUCCUUAAAUAUGGCAAGUGCAGCGCUGAUAUUGACAAAGGGAAACUUCACGGUUGCAUUGAUGUGGGGCUCUCAGUCAUGGCCAUUAAGAAGAAAGCCAASUGUAUUGAUCUUGAUGCCGAGGAAAACAUUUACCACCUGAAGAUCAAGUCACCGGAGCUGUUUGACGAGUGGGUGUCAAAGCUGCGCCACCACCGGGUCUAUCGGCAAAAUGAGAUCAUCACCUGUCCUAACGAGAAGUCCUUCUUCUACCCACUCUACCCCUCCCCGAACUCCCCCGGCAUAGUUGAGGGUGCAUCUAUGAGACGGUGCUUGUCCAUUCGAAGGCAGUCGUCGGUGCAUCCUGCAGGAGCGUUCCCAAUAAGCUCCAACAACCAGGCCAAGGUAGCUGCCUGGCUCCAGUCUUCUGAGGACAUGGACAAAUGCUCCAAAGAGCUGUCGGUGUGUGAGGCCUACCUGUUGGAGCUGACCCACCUGCUGCAGAACAUGGAGGUUCUCCAUCGCACCUACUCCGCUCCGUCCUUCCAAGCCCUGCAGACAUCUACAUUCGACAGCCCCAAAAAGGAGAAAAGACUUCAGAGGAAGUGGCGCCAUAAGAACUACAAUAAAGAUGUCAAAACAACCCUGCAGGUACCCAGCUGCAUCUCCUCCGGCCCGAUCCGCCUGCAUGCCUCCAACCCCAAUCUGUCCACCGCAGCACUUGGCAACGAGAAAACUGACUCCGAAUCCCUGGAUUCAUAUUCUGAUGUAGCGAAGCUGCAGGAGGACUUCUGUCGAGUCGCCACCAACUUGCACACAAACAUGAAGUCGGUCCUGAGCUCGCUCAAAUCUGACAGGGAGAGAUUAAAACAGUGUCUGGAUCACGACUCGCAUCCCCCGACCUCUCCUCAGGUUGUCAAUUUAAAGAACACACUGGCAGCGGCUUUAGCCCAGAACUCUGAGCUGAAAGAGCGCCUGAGCAAGAUUCACGCCGAGUCCUACAUGGUAGAACCCACUCUAAUAAACCUCGCUGCCCCUGUGCAGAAACAGGACUCUGUWGACGAGUCCCAUCCCCUCGUGCACCAAGUGUCCAACGAGAGCAGAGCUUCAAUCGCGGAGUCUUUAUCUGAGUUCUUCGACGCCCAGGAGGUUCUGUUGUCCGCGAGCUCUUCUGAAAAUGAGGUAUCGGACGAUGACUCAUACAUCAGUGAUAUAAGUGACAACAUUUCUUUUGACAAUUUUAGGCUGGAGACAGAAGCUGAAAGACCAAAUUUAGGUUCUGUAGAAAAUGGCUCAGUCCCGCACCAACGUAGAUCCUGCCUGCCCUCGCCCUGUCCGAACAGCAACACCGUCAGCCUGUGGAACAUCCUCAGGAACAAUAUAGGCAAAGACCUGUCCAAGGUGGCCAUGCCAGUGCACCUGAACGAGCCGCUCAACACCCUGCAGAGACUCUGUGAGGAGCUGGAGUACAGYGAGCUCCUGGACACGGCUGCCGACACGCUCGACCCGUUCGAACGCAUGAUGUACAUUGCCACGUUUGUCGUUUCCGGCUACACGUCCAGCUACUACAGAACUGGAGGAAAACCUUUCAAUCCCGUGUUAGGAGAGACGUAUGAAUGUGAUCGGCCGGACAAAGGCUUUCGCUUUGUUGCCGAGCAGGUCAGCCAUCACCCGCCUGUUUCAGCUUGCCAUGCGGAGUCUAAAAACUUUGUCUUCUGGCAAGACGUGAGGUGUAAGAACAAAUUCUGGGGAAAGUCAAUGGAGAUCGUUCCUGUGGGUACCACUCACGUAACUCUGCCAAGAUUCGGAGACCACUACGAGUGGAACAAGGUGACGUCGUGCAUCCACAACAUUCUCAGCGGACAACGCUGGAUCGAGCACUAUGGCGAGAUCUCCAUCAAAAACACCAACAGUGACRCGUGUCAGUGCAAGAUCACCUUCGUCAAGGCUGCUGGAGGAGGGAAACCUGGAGGCUGCGGAGGAGCAGAAGCAGAGGAUCGAACAGCUGCAGAGAGACCGGCGGAGAGUCCUGGAGGAAAACCACGUGGYGCAUCAGCCCAAGUUCUUCAGGAAGUCAAAAGAAGAGACCUGGGUGAGCAACAACACUUACUGGGAGCUGAGGAGGAACCCCGGCUUCGCUCACGCAGACUUUCCAGCUCUGUGGUGACUGCAGAGCUGCAGCCCCUCCACUGUGAUCCAGGCUGGUUCUGGUGACGUCUGUAGCCCGAACCUACCACCAUUCAGAUCUACCGUAGUCUUCAUCAGAGUCGUUGCCUUAAUAACAAGUGCUUAUCUAUGUUGUGGAAACGUUAAUGCAAGCGUGCGGGGGAUUUUUGCCCACAUUUUGACUCAUUCUAUGUUCUGUUUACUCAGAAAAGGAGAACUCGAUAUAAAAAACCAAUAUAAAAAAAUCACUAUCGCUUCAAAUUACUGAACAUAAGUUGACAUUUUCUACCUCGAGUAUAAACUAGCCUUGAAAUGUCAACGAUGGAUCCUGAUGUUUAUUCUGCAUCAUCGCUUGAUGCCUUACUGGUCGUACUUGCAUUGUUCGUUUUAUUUUAUUGCAUCUACGUUUUGGUAAAAAUGCACAGAAACUCCUUCAAAAGACUCUCAGAUCCUCACUGUGCGGAGCUUGGUGUGUCGUAAACGUAAUGACAGCGACUUGGCUUUGUGCAAACGAUUGUGCAGCUAUGAGCACUGUAGCAAAUAUCCAUCCCACUUGUUUCAUCUUUGUUUUUCUCUUCACUUUAUUCAAUGAAACGUGCCGACACUGACCCUCAGAACCAAAAGUGUCCAAAACUAUGUGCUCCGUGAAACAAAAUAAAAUCUAAUUUUUUCUUUU